AUGAAGGGACCACGUUUAUACAUCCGAAGACAAAGAAAAUUAUACUGUCAUGACAAAUUCGUGACACAAGAAACGCAACGUAAGGAAGCUGAGGAAUCAGAAAAUCGAUCAAAACUGCCGGUUCCGUUCAUCGAACCACCGAAGGAGCCAGCACCCUCCAGUGCUUGUGUCAAGGCGUUGUCUGAGAUAUUCCCUGCUCUGAAACGAACGGAAAUUGUGGAUCCAGUGCCAAAAGAUGUUUAUUUGGAGGGGUUGAAGAUAGCUAUGGAAAUGAAGUUACAAGAACCAGUGGGUACCGUCUCUGUGAGUGAAGAACUUCCGAACCCUGACAGGCCAAUUUCUGUGAAAGAUCACUCGUCAUGCUCCCGGCGCAAGACUCACAUCACAGACAGGUCUCCCUCCACCACCCUUCGACUCUGUUGUGAUCCAACCUGUAAGGAGCCACUAGUCACUCUUGGCUUCAAACAUCCAUAUAUGACUGGCGAGAGGUGUUGUAGCAAGUGCUACCAGCGUUAUCGCUUACUUAAACAAAAGAAUGUACCAUGGGGACCGUUCAAGUCAUGUGUAAACCCGUCUUGUGAGAGACUAACGGAAAAGGAAGGAAUGUGCCGAUUUUGCUUCGAAACCGAAUUUACUGCUAUAUGCGCCAUGCCCGACUGCAACAGGCUACUGAAAAAUCAUACAGUGCGACGUCAUCCUGAUAGCGGGAAACCUGUUUGUCUCCUCUGUUAUAAAAAAAUCCAGAAGCAAGACAAAGUGUCUGGAAAUGUCUCUAACUUGGCCGCGCUGCCUGCAACCGUCUGUUUUGUACCUCAAGAGCCUCCUAACCCUAGCAAGUUAAAUUCCACCACCCUUCGACUCUGUUGUGAUCCAACCUGUAAGGAGCCACUAGUCACUCUUGGCUUCAAACAUCCAUAUAUGACUGGUGAGAGGUGUUGUCGCAACUGCUACCACCGUUAUCGCUUACGUAAACAAAACAAUGUACCAUGGGGACCCUUCAAGCCAUGUGCAAACACAUCCUGCGAGAGACUAACGGGAAAGAAGGCGCUGUGUCGUUUUUGCUUUCGAGAGCAAUACAAAGUUUUUGAAAAUCCCUCCACCAGACUGCCUACAACCGACUGUUUUGUACCUUUUUUAGAUCCACCUUCUGAUUUAGCUACGGAAACCGAACCAUCUCCACAUCUUGAUGAGUCAUUUCCAAAGUUACCAGGAUCUAGCAAGCCCGUUGUCUUUGAAACUUCCGAAUCUGUACUCGUCCCCAUAGCCCCCAUGAUCCAUCCACUCCUUGAAACUUCUGAAGUUUGCAUAACCCCCAUACCAUUGCCAGCCACUAUACUGCCUUCUCCGGAGCUAUCCCAACGCAUCAUGUUUGCUGCUCCAGAGCCCUUUACUGUUUCUCCCCCUGAAGCCUCCCCUGCCACGAACCAAACUUUUCAAUUGAUUGGGGAAACUUAUAGUUUCCUAACUCGGCCCGACCCCGCGUUUUUGGAAAGGAGUGCAGUUACUCAGGAAGCGCGGAAGGAUUUUCCGGCAGUCCAUGAUCCAAACUACUACAGUUCCGUGUUUAACACAAGAGGAUUAAGCACACCGGGACUAGUGGCUACUCCAGUGCCACUACUGAGCCUUUCCACACUUUCGAAAGCUCCUCAACCAGAGUCUAUCGCAGUGCAAAGCAAAGAACCUCCAAACUUUGCCCAGCCAAUUUCUGUGAAAGAUCACUCUUCAUGCUCCCGGCGCGUGACUUACAGCACAGACAAGUUUCUCUCCACCGCCCUUCGGCUCUGCUGUGAUCCAUCCUGUAAACAGCCACUAGCCACUCUUGGCUACAGUCAUCCAUUUAUGAUCGGUGAGAGGUGUUGUCGCCAGUGCUACAAGCGUUAUAAGGCACGUGAACAAUACAAUGUCCCAUGGGGACCGUCUAAGCCAUGUGCAAAUCCAUACUGUGAGAGACUAACGGAAAAGAAAGCGAUGUGUCGGUUUUGCUCCCGGGAGCAAGACAAAGUUUCUGGAUAUUCCUCUACGCUACCUGGUACAGACUGUUCUGUACUUUUUUCUAAUCCUCCUUCUGAUGCAGCUACGGAAACAGAACCAACUCCACAUCUUGAUGAGUCAUUUCCAAAGUUACCAGGGAAGCCUGCCGUCCUUGAAGUUUCUGGACCGGGGCAAGUCACCUCUAUCUCCAUGUCACAGCCAGCCACUAUACUACCUAUUCCGGAGCCUCCUGUUUCCAUUGUCCCGAUACCAUUUCAAGAGACUCCUAACCCUAGCAAUCCAAGUUCCACCACACUUCGACUCUGCUGUGAUCUGACCUGUAAGCGGCCACUAGCCACUCCUGGUUACAGACAUCCAUUUAUGACUGCUGAGAGCAAAUGCUACAACCAUUAUUUCUUACGUAAACAAAGAAAUGUCCCAUACGGACCGUUCAAGCCAUGUGCAAACCCAUCCUGUAAGAGACUAACGGAAAAGAAAGCACUGUGUCGGUUUUGCUACAAAAUCAAAUGGAAUAAAACUGAAAAAUGCGCCAUGCCCGAGUGCAACAGAAUACUGAAACAAAAGACAGUGAAACGUCAUCCUGAUAGCUGGAAACCUGUUUGUAUCACCUGUCAUAGAAAAAUCCGGAAGCAAGACAAAGAUGCUAGAGCAAUCCCUAUCCUGGCUACGCUACCUGCAACAGACUGCUAUGUAUCUUUUUCUAAUCCAUCUUCAGAUUUAGCUACGGGAAUUAAACCAUCUUCACAUCUUGAUGAGCCAUUUUCAAGAUCUAGCAAGCCAGUUAUCCUUGAAGUGUCGGGAUCUGAUCUCGUCCCCAUACUCUCUGUACCACAGCCAAUUACCACAGUUUCGAUGCCGGAACCAAUCCCCAUAGCCCCUGAAGCACAGCCAGACACUAUACUGCCUAUUCCGGAGAUAUCCCCACGCAACCUGUUUGCAGCUCCAGAACCCUUGCCUGUUUCUAAAUCUGAUGACCUCUUCAUAAGCUCCCCUACCACGGACCAAACUUUUCAAUUGAUUGGGGACACUUAUAAUAUUCAAACAAGCCCCGACACCGCGUUUUCUGAAAGGAGUGUAGUUACUCAGGAAGCGCGGAAAGAUGCUGCACGAGUCCUUAGCAAUGAUCCAAUCGUCUACAGUUCUAUGUUCAACACAAGGGGAUUAAGCACACCAGGACUGGUUGCUACUCCAGUGCCAUUACUGAGUCCGCCCACAUCUUCAACAGCACCUCAACCAGUGUCUAUCGCAGUGACCGAUGAGCAUUUGUGUGGUGGUCCCAGUUCAUCACCCGAACAAUUUUUCAAUCCAUACAUCCUCCCAUUUCACCCCGUGUUACCUGGAUACCCAGCACCCUUCCUGAGACCAAUGUCUCCAAUAAUGAAGCACCCCUUGUUUGGGUAUACACCUGAGACGAAUUCUCAGCAAGUUUCCUACUGGCCGCCAUCCCAGAUACCGUUCCCGAAAAAAGAAACAACAGAAGAUUCUGAUGGAGAAUUUAACAGUGAUAAGUAG